AUUGUAUUCAAUUUACGAAACACAGCGAAUGGUUGAUUCUAAAUACCUAACCUAACAAAGUGAUAACUCAAAAUCAAAGUGGUCAAUCAUUCGUGCUUAGAGCAAAUCUUUGAUUCUCAAGUUACUUUAACGUAAAUAUUUUUUUGAGUAUGUUUGUCAACCUCGAUUUAUUACUACAAACCAAAAGCUAUUGUACGCUUUAGCAGGCAUUAUAUUAAAAAUUAUUUUACCUUACUAUUAUUUUGAAGACGGAAUAGUUAAUUAUAAUUAUUGACAAAGUAUAUAUUUGAUUUGUAUAUAAGUGCAAUGAAUCGUGAAGACGAAAGAAGUGACUCAGAAGAUGAACACGAUAGGUCUAGAAGUCCAUCCGUAGAUUCUCAAAGAUCAGCUAGAAGUAGAUCUAAAUCAAAUUCUGUUAGUCCUUCUCCUAGGUCUAAUCAAUCAUCACCAAACGCAAAUUCUAGAAAAUCUUAUUCUAGAUCACCCUCUCAUUCUCCACGAAAUCGAUCAGUUUCUCCUUCUUCUGUAAAGAAUCAAAGAUCGUCUAGGUCUAGUUCAAAAUCUGUAGAAAGGAAAAGUGUUUCGAGAUCACCUUCCAAAUCUCCAUCUCCAGAACCAGAUGAGAAAGUCAUUCAAAGAGAAUCGCGAUCACCGCAAUUGGCAGGCUCACCGAAAUCACCAUCAAGAUCAAGAAGUUCUUCCUUAGCAGAAUCUAGAAAAAGUUCUGAUGCAGCAUCUCGGGAACAUUCGAGAUCUAGGUCUAGAUCCACUUCGGCAGAACGAAGUAAUCCCCCAUCUAAAUGUUCAUCUCCAAAAAUACAUUCAAGAUCUUGUUCUAGAUCUCCUUCGCCAUCGGUAUGUUCUAAACCGCGUUCUCGAUCAAAUUCUCAUUCCCCUCCUGGAUCACCAAAAGUAACUGCCGGGUCUCGUUCCCGUUCAGGUUCCCCAAAAUCUUCUCAAGCUCGAUCUCGAUCACCUUCGGUUAGCCCAAAUCGAAAAUCACGUAGUAGAUCUGGGUCUCCGUUGAACGGCAAAGAAGCAUCGCGUUCUCCAUCACCUCCAGAAAACCGUUCGUUAACGCAUAUUAGAAAUUCUCGGUCGCGUACGAGGUCAAAAUCACCGUCGAUAAAUGGAUCUAGAAAAGGUUCGCCCAAUUCUCAAAAAAGUUCACGUUCAAAAUCUCCUACUUGUUCUCCGGAUAAUAAACGUAAAUCAAGAUCUCGAUCCAGAUCUGGCUCUGGGUCAAGAAAACACUCGCCUUCUGUAUCUCACAAAGGAUCCUUGUCCAGAUCACCGUCCGCGGAACCAAAAAUUAUGUCACGUUCUAAAUCAAGGACACCAUCAGGUUCAAGACAAGGUUCAAGGUCGAGAUCGCGUUCGAAAUCUGGUUCAAGAAAAUCGGUUUCAAGAUCAAAGUCAAGAUCGAUGUCAGGAUCUCGGAAAGGAUCUCGAUCUCCUAACUCAAGAAAAAGUUCCCGGUCUCGGUCUAGAUCCAGUUCUAGAUCGUCCAAGUCUAGAUCUCGAUCUCGGUCUAGCUCAAAAGCGUCCCGUUCUCGAUCACGUUCCGGAUCACGAUCAAAGUCAAGAUCAAAAUCGCGUUCAAAAUCGAGAUCACGCUCAAAAUCAAAGUCUCGUUCGAGAUCUCGUUCGGGAUCACCAGCUGGAUCACUCGCAGGAUCACGUUCUAAAUCACGAUCACGUUCACGAUCAAGAUCAGCGUCGGCUGCUGGAUCUAGACAUUCGUCCCCAUCAAAAUCUCGAUCAAGAUCUAGAUCCAGAUCUCGCUCAGAAUCGAAAUCUAGAAGAUCAAGGAGUCGUAGCGAAGAUUCUGAAAAUGCUGUUAGAAAAAUAAAAAGGGUUUUAUCCGAUUCUGAAGAAGAAGAGGAUGGUGUUAAAACAACCAAAAAGUCGAAACAUGGUAUAACAGAUUCGGAAAACGAAGCUGACGAUGAUGCAGGAGAAACGAAAAAAGACGAAGCAGCGAGAGACGAAGACGAAGAAGUGGAAAACAAACAGUUAGAAGAAGGCAUUAUCAAUGAACAACAAGAAAAUGAAGAUUCUGAUGAUGGGAUUAUAGCAGAAGGUGGAUUCGAUGAUACAUUAUCAGACUUCGAUCGCAUGUUGGCUCGUAAAAAAGAGGAACAAUCACGAAGACGAAAAAGAAAAGAUAUUGACAUAAUCAACGACAAUGACGAUAUUAUAGCGCAACUUUUAUCCGAUAUGAAAACAGCUUCCGAAGAAGAUAGAAAAUUAAAUCAACAAAAUAAGCCUGCUACUAAUAAAAUUGCUAUGUUACCGAAAGUAUUAUCGCAACUUAAAAAACAUGAUUUACAAUUAGCCUUUUUAGAACAUAACGUAUUAUCAGUCUUAACAGAUUGGUUAGCUCCGAUGCCUGACCGAUCAUUACCCUCCUUAAAGAUUAGAGAUAGUCUUUUAAAACUUUUAUGGGAGUUUCCAAGAAUCGAUCAGGCCUCUCUGAAACAAUCUGGUAUUGGGAAAGCUGUUAUGUAUCUUUACAAACAUCCAAAAGAAACUAAAGAAAAUAAAGAACGCGCAGGAAAAUUAAUUAAUGAAUGGGCGCGCCCGAUAUUUAAUUUAUCAGCUGAUUUCAAGGCUCUAUCGAAAGAAGAAAGGGUACAGAGAGAUUUGGAACAAACACCUCAGAAAAGAAGGAAAACUGAAGAUGGUAGUUCUUCUCAAAAAUCGCAAGAUAUUAAUAAAGCAUUGAAAGGAGAUGCUAAACCGUUAAGGCCUGGAGAUCCCGGCUGGGUUGGAAGAGCCAGAGUUCCUAAACCUUCCAAUAAAGAUUAUGUUAUAAGACCAGAUUGGAAAUCCGAUGUCGAUAUUAGUAGGAGUACUAAAAAACAAAUGAAUAGAUUCGAAAGACACAUGAAGAAUUAUAUAGAUAAUAAGAGAAUAAAAGCAACUAAAAGGGCUGUGGAUAUAUCCAUUGAGGGUCGUAAAAUGUCCUUAUAAUGUAAACAUUUUUUAAACCCAAAUGAAUAUAUUGAAAAGACUAGCAAGGAUUAUGUAAAUGUAUACAAAAUCCGCGAUUUCUUCAUUAAACUACUUAAGUUAAAGUUGUAACUGUAAUUAUCAAUAAAAAUUUA